AUGUUCAGCUUCCUUCAUCGCCGGCUCAGCAAGACAGAAGCAGGCGAUACGGACUUCUUUGCACGCCUGCACCACAAACAUGCACAGCCUCGCAACUCAAGCGAGCGACAUCAACUGGACCCUUUGUUGAAUGAGGAGGGAACCGACGAGAGUAGAUACUACCGCACCGCCGAAUUCCAGCAAGCACUCCUUGAAGAUCAAAUCGAGCGAAGUCUUACACCACCGCUGGAGCAAGGACAAUCACACGAGGAUACAGGCCGGAUGUCGCGAUUUCUUCAGCGUCGUAGCACAGUGGCAUCGAAGUCAUCUCUAGUGCUUCCUUUCUUCGACCAAGAUAUGGAGAGAGCCAAGCAGGAGGGCAAAGACAAGCACAGAGCAGAGGACAACAUCCCACCGCCGGCCAGCGACAUUGAAGUUCCGCCCGCCAGCCAUCGUCCAGACUCGGGUGCGGUAUCCAGCGACGGUUCGUCGUCUCAGCCAUCGCGGUCAUCCAGUCGGCCAUCGAUCCAUAAGCAUGGCAUAGCUCCAUUGAUCGACUUUGCACGCAACAAGAAGAAGUGA